AUGCAAAUGCUGUAUGGGGCACAGUCGCCAUAUCACCAUCCCGCUACACUUAAUCGCUUGGCCAACAUCACUGAAAAGCGAUUACUUCAUGAGCUUCUUCUCAAGGAUAUUCGACUGAUUGCAAAUGCAACCGAAUACGGCGUCCUGAAGCACUCAGCUACCGGCCGCUCCAAAAGACAAAUCGUUUUGGCGCCGAUCGUUCUUUCCGCGAUCGUAUUGGCUCCAGCUACAACAUCACAGCCUAUCAUUCUCUCCCCUCUGGUCCUCUCACCCGUCAUUUUGUCGCCAGCCGUACUCGGGCCCUUCAUCCUCAGUCCUUGGGUUUUCAUACCCUUGAUCCUUUCACCUCGUGUCCUUGCACCCUUCAUUGUGAAUCCAUUCAUCGGCUCACCGGUUGUACUUUCACCGCUAGUGCUUCACCCGUUCAUCCUAGCGCCCGGCGUGAUGAAUCCGGUGGUGCUGAGUCCACUGGUGCUCACGCCAUUUAUACUGUCACCACAAGUGAUGACUCCUCUGGUCUUAACACCAAUGGUACUCAAUCCACUGAUUCUCACUCCGAUGGCUUUGUCGCCGUUGGUGCUGAGUCCGUUCGUUCUGUCUCCGCUCAUUCUUUCGCCGCAGUACUUUUUCGCUCUAGUACUUAGUCCAUAUCUUCUGUCGCCGCUGAUUGCAAGCAAUCUAACAGUCAGUGCAAUCGUACUGUCACCCAGUUUCCUCAGUAAGUGA